AUGCAAAAGCGGAACACUAAGCCAAAAACGUUAGCUAAAAGUUCUAAAGAAAAAGAAAAAAUGAUCGAAUGUGUGAAUGUCCAUUCUCUCUACAAUAAUCUUGUAGAAAAGUACUCACAAUUAAAAUCUAUUAAUAAGGAAGAUUUUAUUUUAACUCUUUACUCUUUAAAAUAUAUUGCUUUUAUUCCAAAAAAAGAUUUAUUAUGUUUUUUUGAUCAUGUUUAUUAUUAUUAUUCUUGUGUAAAGGACCAAUUAGAAGAAACUUCUGAAAGAUUCAACAGGAAAUUUGUUGUUCUAUAUAUAUAG